CAGGCACAUCACAUAAAAAUUAAACAAUAAGGUGCACAUUUUUCGUCCAAGCCGACCAAAGAAGAAAAUGGAACCCACGCCGGUGAAUGUUCAUGGACGUCCAAGGUAAACAUCUGAAAGGCCUUCUCUCUAUCACCCCCUCUUUUGGAUAAUGGAAUUGAAUCUACGAUACUGAACCUCAACUCUUCAAUCUUAUGUUUAUGUUCAAUGAAAUGCCUUGGGACCGGAAAUUCUAUUUUAUUGGGAGAAUUGGAUGAUCUACUAAGGAAAGCUUUGGAGAAGAGCCUCAUCAAACAAGGGACUUAUGAAUACCUGACUGUGAAAUAUCCGAAAAUGGCAUAUUUACAUCUGUUACCAAAAGUUCACAAGGACACCUGGAAUCCCUCAGGUCGGACGAUCGUGUCGGGAAAUGAGAGCUUAUGCAAACCACUAAGGAUCUGAAAAGGACCUUUUGGAAUUCAUGCAGAUAUUGAAUGAUAACAACAAGAACAUCCAAUUAACGGUAAAAUACAGUCAACAAAAAUGCUGGACUUUCUGGAUCUUGGGAUCUAUAAAGAUGCCAACAGACAGGCUUUGGAUCUGAGUAAGUGCUUUGAAGAGCAUGGAUACAGAAAAUGUAUGAUUAAACGGGGAUAUGAUCAAGCUUGGGCAAGACGGGAGGACCUUUUGAAACCCAAAAUUGUGAAAAAAGAAGAUUCUCAAUAGUGAAGAUCCAUGGAGAGCUGCAAAGAUGAUUAAAGGCUACAUGCAGCAACAUAACAUUCCACAAAGAGAAGUGGUUGAUAUUACUGGACUCAACCAAUCACAUCUUUCCCAACAUCUUAACAAAGGGACUCCCAUGAAAACCCAAAAGCGUGCUGCUCUGUAUACGUGGUAUGUCAGAAAGCAAAGGGAGAUACUAAGACAAUUCAACCAAACAGUCCAGGGUUCUGGAAAUAUGACAGACAAAAGCAGUCAGGAUCAGCUGCUGUUUCUCUUUCCGGAGUUUACCCAACAAAAUCAAAGCACAGGGCAGCCUGAGGAUUCCUGCUCAGAACCUGCCAACAAGAAAAUGAGACGGAAUCGCUUCAAAUGGGGGCCUGCUUCCCAGCAUAUUCUCUACCAAGCAUAUGAAAGACAAAAGAACCCCAGCAAAGAAGAAAGAGAGGCUUUGGUAGAAGAGUGUAACAGAGCAGAAUGUCUACAGCGAGGAGUAUCUCCAUCGAAGGCACAUGGCUUGGGAUCAAAUUUAGUGACAGAAGUUCGUGUUUAUAACUGGUUUGCUAACAGGCGGAAAGAAGAAGCAUUUCGACAGAAACUAGCUAUGGAUGCCUAUAGCACCGGAUCAUCACAUCCACACAACAUGAAUUCACUUAUGUCACACGGGUCUCCACAUCAUACGCAGUCAAGUUCUUCUCCACCAAGCAAAUUGCAAGGAGUAAGAUACAAUCAACAAGGAAACAGCGAGGUCACUUCAUCAUCGACAAUUAAUCACCAUGGUAACAAUGCCAUGUUGACCAGUCAGUCAGUCCUCCAGCAGGUUUCUCCAGUGAGCUUGGAUCCUGGCCACAACAUGCUUUCACCUGAUGGUAAAUUGAUUCCUGUUUCUGGAGGAGGUCUACCACCUGUAAGCACCUUGACAAAUAUCCACAGUUUGUCGCAAUCAGUUCAUCACAAUUCCCAACAAUCACACAAUCUCAUCAUGGCACCCAUUUCUGGAGUCAUGGCGAUAACACAAAAUUUGAACACCUCUCAGGCACAGAGCGUACCUGUCAUAAACAGCGUGGCAGGAAGCCUAGCUGCUUUACAGUCGGUACAGUUUUCCCCACAACUGCACAGUCCACAUCAACAGUCUCUAAUGCAACAGUCUUCUGGCCAUAUGUCACAGCAACCAUUUAUGGCUACUAUGACACAACUUCAGAAUUCUCACAAGCAAAAGCCAUGGUCCACAGAGAGCUUCAGAAACAUUAGAGGAGUCUCAUUGUUGAACGGUAUCAGUCAGGAGAAUGACAUUCCCAAAGAAUCAGAUAUAUCAGGGAACACAGUGAAGACAGUCAUCAUCAAGUGGAAAAAAUAUGGCACAGCAGACACAUUAACAAGAACUGGACUUCCCUCCACAAUUGAUGAAAAGACAAGAAGAAAACUGGGCAGGGAGGCUUUCUACAGAUCUACUGCAAGAUUAAAGGAACUGCAGGAAUUUCUAGCAAUGUAUGCACAUAAACAGGAACCUCCCCAGUAUUCACACACAUCACGCUUUCCUUCAGCAAUGGUUGUCACAGAUACCGGCAGUAUCAGCACAUUAUCAAACAUGUCCUCUAGUAAACAGUGUCCUUUGCAAGCCUGGUGAUAUCCUGCUGCACUUAUCUUCUUUUUUUGCAUAGCUACAUGAACAUCUUGGUGAAAACAUCUAGGACUUUUUGGUGUUGCCAAGUGGUACUGACUCAAGAUCAAUUUCAGAUGCUGGAUGCUGAAGAGCAACAGUCUCUGAACAAGAUGGAUGGUCUCUCGUCUCCAUGACAGUACUUGAUUUUCAGUCUUCUCAGGUGAUUUGAAGACUUUAGUGUUUCCCCUUUCUCAUGAACUAGACAUGACAUGAAGAUUGGAGUUUGAUAAAGUAAAUUACAAGCUCGUGGGGUGCGUACAGACUGCUGCUGGAACAGUGCCAUGAAAACUGGAAAAUCUGGAGCCGAAAAAUGGACACAAAGCUGAACUGAGCCAUGUUGUUGGAAUAAAACAACAAGAGAUUGCCAUGGAUGUUAAUCUGUUGAAUAGUUGUAAAUUGUAAAAAAGUGCAAUUGUUUUGUAUAUAAUGCAUAAUAUAAAGUUUGAGUUUGUUUAAAGGGAUAGGUCAAAUAGCCAAAAGGAAAGCAUUUGAUCAAUAUACAUAAAGCCAUUGGAUACAUUUGCCAAGUUGCACAAAUAAAGUGUCCCAUACAUGAUGCAGUCCAGAAUUCCACCAUACUGGUGUUAUUUGAACCAGUAUUUAGCACAGGGCUACUUAGCAAAUGUCUACUAUAGCUCUUGUCUGACAUAGGAAUAUACAUUUUGCUGGCCAGUAUUGUAAAUACUCUUGGUAUAAGCACCUCAUCGAUGUUUAAUACCUUAACUAUUGUUCUAUCACUGCCAAACACAACCCACUCUAUAAAGCAAUAACAUUUAAAGUACUAUUCUUUUAUUUCAUCUUUACUGUCUCACACUCUUAGCCCAGUGGUACUAAGGGGGCAAGACUGUGCUUAGAGUACUUCAUCCAGGUUUCCUGCCAUAUGUAGGUAUUUAACUGAAGGAAGACCAAACUUGUAUUGGCUAACUACAUUUAUUAUUAUUAUUACAUUCUUUGGACAUUCACGUUUACAUUCAAAUGACAGGACUCACCACAAAGAAAGCAAAUCUUAAAAGUAUAUUUAUUUGGUGAUAUUUUUCCUUUAUCUUGUCUAAAUUCAACUACAAGACCAUUACUUGCUAUUGAUAUUUAUUCAUGGAAGUUAAAAAUACUCAAUAUAAACCAUCAAUGAAGCAUAAAAAUGGGACAUCUCAACCAUUCUCAUGAGUAGUGGUCAUAAGCCAGUUGUUUCGUACCUGAGAACAGAAGUGAGUCUAUCAUAUGACCCUGUCAUGUGACCCUUGUCUCCUCGCCUCAGUUCACAAUCUAGCACCUUCAUACAGUUCUCAUUGGAAGAUUGACAGUCUAUAGAAACCAUCAAACUGCUGAGUUGGAACAAAGGUCAGCUAAAUACCCCCACCUUCCCAAAAAGGAAGCGAGAAAGGAAGGAAAAACUAAACAUGUAUACAUCACUAGGCAAAGGGGACAUUUCUAAUUGUCUCAUUUUACUGGUUUUCCAUCCCAGGCAGAGCUAACUAAACACAAACAAGUCCAGUGCAGUCUGAACAGUAUUAUUUAAGACGUCCUUGCAAUAUACAGUACAUUUCUAAUUGUACAGUACAAGCCAUGUAUUUUUAAAGAUCAUGUGAUAAUGUUUUAUAUGUAACAAUAUUAAUUUAAUUCAAGUCUUUUGUUUUAUUGUAAUGUUUUUAAAAAUAUGUAUAUCCAUUGAUGCUCCAAACAUAGUGUUCACACUGGACAAAUUCUUCCCACUGCAGAUUUUUGGCAGAACAUUUACAUUUCUUUUUCCUGUACUAAAAUUGAAAAGAACAAGUUGACAAAAGUCAGUUCGCCAGGUUACUGCCAAUAAUCCAGUUCUCAAUAGGGAAGGAAGAUUUCACUUGAUGAUUUCUUGUAAUAUAGUAUUUGUUUGUAAGAAUUGAAGCUAAUCUUUUUUUAAUCAUAUUUAUAUAUGCUGUAAAGUCAAUUUUUCAAGUAAAACAAAAGA